AUGCAGGGCAAACAGGGUAAAACGCCCCGCUAUCCUGAGGCCUGGUCUUCUCCCGGGUCAGCACAUCCUGGUCUUCACCCCGAGGUUCGCGAGAAGCUGUCGCAACUGAAGACUGUCGGCCUAGGGCAGCACAAGUACAAACCUGCAGAUGCAACACCUGUGAUGCGUGGCGAAAGCAGCCAGGGUGGUGCUGUGGAUGCGCUCCAAGCUGCUGCAGACCGCAUUCGCACAAACGCGAACAAACGUCCCCGCACGGAUAGGGUGGGAGAGUGCACUCGCAUGAUAGACAACGCUGACGCUGCCGAGAUGAAUGAGGAUCAAAGAGGGUAUCAUUUCUACCCAGGGGGUGAUGCGUCAGUCGUCGACGUUGACGCCCAUGUGUACCGUUUUGUAAGGACAACGGCGGGAGGUUCCGGACUCUCGAGGGUGGAUAUCAAGGAGUUGAUGUCCAUCCUCAUAGAGGUGUUGAGUAAUCCGGGGCAUCUAACGAUCAAGUCACUCGCCGCGUUUGACAGCUACGAGAAGUUGCAUCUAGCCGAUGCUAAUCUGCAUCCAUUCGAACAGGUUAACCUCGCGAAGGAGGGGGAUUUGCAGCCAGUGAUCCUAUGGCGUCGUUGCUUGCUGUCAUGCGUGAAAAGCCUUUACGAGAACAUGGUGAACGCUGCCGGUUUCGUCGUGAAACCACCCAAGGAGAUUCCUGGUGCAGAGCGGAUUUACAAAGACGAGACGACACUCACCAUCGAUGGCGGCCUCAAGGGAUGGCCUGUGUACUUUUCACUCGCCAACAUCGCUGCGGGGAAUCGUUGGAGAACACACGGCCAUCGACUCGUCGCUUUGCUACCUGACGACGACGGCAGCUUCUUCUUGAAGGCGGAUCAACCGCGUCGACGGCUGGAAGUGUUCCAAGAGGCCCUGAAUCUCAUCAUGGAGGAGUUGAAGGUUGGACAACAAAAGUAA